AUGCCGGACCAUCGCACCACCGAUGGAGCAUCCACGUCAUCGAUAGCAUCAACAGUAGUAGUUGCAGGAUCGUGUUGUGCGUUGGCAUUGUAUUACAUGCAUCAGAUAAGGAAGCACCACGGAGAAAAAAGUUUGAGUUUUUUAAACAGCGUCAUCCCAAAGUCGUUACAACAACAACAACAACAAGCACGAGAGCAGAAUUUGAAGGAGAAGAAGAAAGUGCAUACAACAACAACACGCGACGAAACAUCAAUACACUCGUCUGUGCUCGAUUCUAUCGGAAACACCCCGUUAGUGAAAGUUCUAUCUCUGUCGGAGAUGACAAAAUGCGAGAUUUACGCCAAGUGUGAGUUUUACAACCCCGGUGGCUCAGUAAAAGACCGAGUAGCGUUGCAAAUAGUGCAAGAAGCCAUGGAACGUAAAAAAUUGAACAAAGGAGGAUUAGUCACCGAAGGUACGGCUGGAUCCACGGGCGUUUCGUUGGCCAUGGUAGCAUCGGUAUUACGAUUAAAUUGUCACGUAGUUAUGCCAGACGAUGCAGCCACAGAGAAGUCUGCUCAGGUUUUAGCAUACGGUGCGACAGUUGAAAGAGUGCGUCCGGUUUCGAUAACGCACGCGGACCAUUUUGUUAACGUGGCGAAACGGAGGGCGGAGGAAAGUAACGAGCAGUUUGGAGAGGGCUCCGGGUAUUUCGCGGAUCAAUUCGAAAAUCUGGCAAAUUUUAGAGCGCAUUAUAAUGGUACUGGGAAAGAAAUAUAUGAACAAAUGAUUGAUAAUGAAAAGAAAUUGGACGCUUUCGUGUGCGCCACUGGCACCGGCGGUACUCUAGCCGGCGUCGCGACGUACUUACAAAAAAUGCAACCCAGUAUAAAGUGCUUCGCCGCCGACCCGCAAGGAUCUGGAGUGUUUAAUAAAGUUACCAGAGGUGUCAUGUUUUCCAACGUCGAAAGAGAAGGCACGAGAAAACGUAACCCGUACGAUACCAUAACUGAAGGCGUCGGUAUAAAUAGAAUUACGAAAAACAACGCGCUCGUUUUAGAACCUCAGGCGGGGAGUUCGGUGAAGUUAUAUGGGGCGUACAGAGUAACUGACGCGCAAGCCGUGGCAAUGUCCAGGUGGUUGUGUGCUAGAGAUGGGCUCUUUAUAGGAAGUUCUAGUGCAGUGAACUUAGUUUCAGCACUCAUGUGCGCUCGCGAACUCGGCGAAGGGAAGGUGAUUGUGACCAUCGCAUGCGACGCCGGAUUGCGACACAUGAGUAAGUUCUGGAACGAUGAAGUCAUCGCCAGGCACGACAGUCUCGCUGAUGCCGCCACUUUUGGGUCUGAUUUAGAUUUAACGCCAGAAGAGUUUCUCCACGGCUUACUCAAUCGUCCAACGUUCACUGAGAUGACGAAUUAUAACGAUGUCAAAAUCCCCUCGCCUGCAGCUGGUUCGCCGAAUAGAUGGGUUUCAGCCAUGCGCAAGCUCAACUUGUAA